UAGUGUAACAGUUUUCAAGAAAACAAUUAUGAACUAUAUUUGACCGCGGAAUAUACACAUUACACCAGGAAGCCGCCAUAGUGAAAUAAAGGGAAAGGGAACGGGAAUGUAAUAAAGGAAGAGCUAUCAUCUCAUCAGUUCAGUAGUAAACAAGAUGUGAUAAGGAUUGGAGAAAUAACCUCAGAGGAAAUUCUGACUGUGGGAAGUUUCUUCAGUGUUUGACCAUGACAUAAGAAUGGAGUUAACAUCAUCUUCAUAAUUUGAGAUUUUUGGAGGACCACAUGUACAAGAUGGCGAACUUUAUUAAAAAUCUUGUCAGUAAGCACAAGAGACGCUACACGGAGGAUGGCUUCGACCUCGAUCUUACAUAUAUUUACCCAAAUAUAAUUGCCAUGGGAUUUCCUGCUGAAAAACUGGAGGGUGUGUAUCGUAACAAAAUGGCUGAUGUUGUUAAUUUUCUAGAUGAGAGACAUAAGGACCACUAUAGAGUCUACAAUUUGUGUUCAGAGCGUUCCUAUGAUGUGGCCAAAUUCCACAACAGAGUGGUUAGUUACCCCUUUGAUGAUCACAACCCUCCUAGGCUAGAGCUGAUCAAACCCUUCUGUGAGGACCUGGAUGACUGGCUAAGACAAGAUGGCCGAAACAUUGCCGCCAUUCACUGUAAGGCUGGCAAGGGAAGAACAGGAGUCAUGAUCUGUGCUUACAUGUUACACAGGAAGAAAUUUACAGAUUCUGAUGCAGCACUGAAAUAUUAUGGACAAACUCGAACCAGGGAUGAAAAGGGUGUGACCAUACCUAGCCAGGUUCGGUAUGUGGAGUAUUAUGGGUACAUGAUUCGACACAAUCUACAGUACAAGCCUGUGACACUAUUACUCAGAGCCAUUGAUUUCUUUACUAUACCUAUGCAUAAUGGAGGGACAUGUUGUCCAUUUUUUGAAGUGUUUCAAUUGAAAGUGAAAGUAUAUACCUCGAAGACUUACGAAGAUAUUAGGAAAGGACAGGACAAGUUCUCAAUGGCAACGGACCAGUCUGUUCCUUUGUGUGGAGAUAUUAAAGUCGUAUUUUACAACAAACCCAGACUUACAAAGAAAAAAGAGAAGAUGUUUCAGUUCUGGUUCAACACGUUUUUUGUGGGGAAAGAUGACUACAACCCCCCAUCCCAGUACUCAAACGGGAAAAGCCCCACAACGGAAGACCCGAGGGUGUCCAAGUAUCUGACCUUGACCCUCAGCAAGGCCGAGCUAGACAAGGCCAAUAAAGACAAAUCACACAAGUUCUUUAGUCCCAAUUUUAAGGUGCGAUUACAUUUCACAAUGCCUGAUAAUGAUGUAACAGCCAAUAUGUCCGUUACGGAUGAUGGAUGCCACUCCAUUCCGAAUACCUUACAGGUCCCCCGAGAACUCCCUCGGAGUCAGUCAAUUACAAAUGAGAAAUUGACCAACAUGUCCAGUUCUUCAAAGGACCCUUUUCACAUGUCCACAGCAUCGUCGAUGCCUGCUUUGAAUGACCACAAUGCUCAAGUAGUGUUAAGCCAAAAACAGGUGUUUAGUCCAGACCGACCAAAGUUCCCCCAUAGUGUUAAAGGGGGUAGUUACCAAAAACCAGGAGGGAGUGUGGCAAGUAUGGACACAAUAUGUAAUGAACAUAGUGAUAAUGAAAUUGUGGAGGAGGACUUGUCAGACACCGAUACUGACGAUGAAUGGGAAGGGCUAGAAACCACGGCUGUUUGAUUGACAGCUGUCAAAUUUAGUGGUGUAAUUCUUUUAAAGUGUGCGAGUGUGAACUGUGAAAAUGGAGGAAUGUCUAAUGGUAAUCAAAUGAUGGGAAAGAGAGAAAUUAAAACGUACUAGUGUUUUGAAUAUAAUGUGAACUGAACUUUCUCAAUGUCCAUCUCCACACUGAUAAUCAUGGUAUAAAAUUCAUUGUCAUGUGCUUAUAUUCAAAAUGAAUAUUCACAUGUAAUGAAGUAGAUUUCAGUCAAAGACAUUAUUUAUUUAUUUGAAUUAAAGUUACUUCAUUUUUGUUUA